AUGGAGUAUGCCAGGACUCAGCUCUCCUGGCCCCAGAGUCAAGCGAGACAGGCCGCUAACGAUCGUGGCGCGGAAGCAGAGGCAAAGGCCAAGCAGCAGCGCAGGAAGGUCCAGAACCGGAAGAACAAAAGAGCACACCGACUGCGGCUCAAGGGCAGAGACGCGAGGAAUGUUCAGGAGUCGCGCUCAUUCCAGAUCAGGCGCUGGCGCCUUGACGAAUCCGACCAUUUUCCCUCCCAAGAAACUUCGUUAGCAUCAGAGCGCGCAACAACCACGUCCUUCUUCCUUCGAUCGCCUCACACGUACCCUCACAUGUACACAAGCACAUCGCCCUCCACAGCCAAGCGUACAGUCGUCCUCCGAGAAUCGCCAUCCACUGCCAACCACCCGGCCCCGGACAUCCCUCCCUCCCUCGUCCCGACCACCCUCCAACAAACUCGCUACCACUCUACCUGGAUUAACGUCAUCCCCUUCCCCCGCGUCCGUGAUAACCUUAUUAGAUACGAAGGCUGCUUCGACCCCUGGGAGCUGAUGCAGGACCUCGUCGGUGAUCUACUGAACUCGACACCGGCCCCGCGACGAGGAGGCGCGCCCGUUUCCACUAACAUACCUGAGACUCAACGGCCCCUGACCCUUUCAUCCGGAAGUGAUCCGGAUGAAGUGACCGCCGGGCGUAAGGGACUCAUUGUCUGGGGCGAACCGCACGAGAUGAAGAGCUGGGAGGCCACGCCCGGUUUUCUGGUGAAAUGGGCAUGGGUUGCGGAGGGCUGCGAUGAGUUGGUGGAAAUAAGCAACCACUGGAGGAUGAAAAGGGGGGAGGAGCCUAUACGACUCGCGAUGUCGAGGAGCUAUCCGCCACCACUGCUCUCGCACGCAGCGUCAAAUUGA